AUGAGCAAAAGCGAAAGUUGCAACCACCUGGGGGGUGAAGAAAAUCAAAAAAUGGUAGAAAGCGAAAUCAACCGGUCGUCAAGCAGAACCUAUAAAUUAGGCAACAUAGUUGGCAAUGGAAGCUUCGGAGUGGUUUACGAAGCCAUCUGUCUGGAUACCUCGGAGAAGGUGGCAAUCAAGAAGGUCCUCCAAGACCCACAAUACAAAAACAGAGAGCUCAUAAUCAUGCAGAGCCUAAGUCAUGUAAACAUUAUCUUCCUAAAGGACUACUAUUACACCGAGUGUUUAAAAAAAAAUGAAAAAAAUAUUUUUCUAAACGUCGUGAUGGAGUUUAUCCCUCAGACGGUUCAUAAAUUUAUGAAGCACUAUGCCAGGAACAACCACUCGUUGCCUCUCCUUUUGGUGAAGCUUUACUCCUAUCAACUCUGCAGGGCACUAGCGUAUCUGCACUCCAAGUAUAUUUGCCACCGGGAUUUGAAGCCCCAGAACCUGCUGAUUGAGCCCAACACGCACACGCUGAAGCUGUGCGACUUUGGGAGCGCCAAGAAUUUGCUGACUGGCCAGCGCAGCGUCUCUUACAUAUGCUCCAGGUUUUACCGGGCCCCGGAGCUCAUGCUGGGCUCCACCAACUACACCACGCACAUUGACCUGUGGUCCCUCGGCUGCAUAAUCGCCGAGAUGAUCCUGGGCUACCCCCUCUUCUCCGGCCAAUCGAGCGUCGACCAGCUGGUGCGCAUCAUCCAGGUCUUAGGCACGCCGACGGAGGAGCAAAUGAAAGUCAUGAACCCCAACUACGCGGAUGUGAAGUUCCCGGAUGUGAAGCCGAAGGAUUUGAAGAAGGUCUUUCCGAAGGGCACCCCCGAAGACGCCAUCAACUUCGUUUCUAGGUUCCUCAAAUACGAGCCACUGAAGCGGCUGAGCCCAAUCGAGGUACUGUCGAGCGCCCUGGCGGAUCCCUUCUUCGAUGACCUGCGGGACCCCUGCCUCAAGCUGCCCAAGUACGUCGAGAAGCUGCCCGAGCUGUUUAACUUCACGGAGGAGGAAAUCAAAGGAAUGUCCGAAGCCUGCAGGCGGAAGCUGACGUCCAAAAAGAGCUACGAGGCGUAUGAGCAGUUCCUGCUGAGCAAGCCGAGCGACGGCUCCAGCGUGGCUGACGGCUUGGGCAAGGAGUUCGGCGAGGCCGGCAUGGAGACCAAGACCAGUCAGACCAGCCGCGCGGUCAACCUCGCCUGA